AUGCGGCUAGUUGACUGGCUGGACGACCUCUGCGUGCGCUUCAUUAUCAACCUGCCGCACGAAGAACUGCAGUCGGUGGAGCGCAUCUGCUUCCAGAUUGAGGAGGCACAAUGGUUCUACGAGGACUUCAUCCGCCCGCUGGACCCCAGUCUGCCAUCGAUGAACCUGCGCAAAUUCGCCAUGCUCAUGUUCCAGCACUGUCCGCUGUCGUCGGCCUACUCGGAGCUGCACCACUCCCAGGCCUACGAGGAUUUCCUCGCGUACAAGACCCGCGUGCCGGUCCGCGGCGCCAUCAUGCUGAACCAGGAUAUGACACAGGCGGUGCUGGUCAAGGGGUGGAAGAAGGGCGCCAAGUGGAGCUUCCCGCGGGGGAAGAUAAACAAGGGCGAGGCGGACUUGGACUGCGCGGUGAGGGAGGUCUAUGAGGAGACCGGCUUUGAUCUGAAGCAACACGAGGGCCUGGUGGGCACCGAAGCGGAUACGAAGAGCAUCACCGUGGCCAUGCGGGAACAGCACAUGAAGUUGUACGUGUUCCGCGGCGUACCCAUGGAUGCGCACUUUGAGCCGCGCACGAGGAAGGAGAUUUCGAAAAUCGCAUGGUACAAGCUCGGCGAUUUACCCACCCUCAAGCGCAAGAACCAGGCACAGCAGGGAAACGGUGCCGAUCUGCUCAAGGACAACAUGUUUUAUAUGGUGGCGCCCUUUUUGGGCCCGCUGAAGGGCUGGAUCAAGCUGCAACACAAGCUUGAUAAGCAGAGGGCGAAGGCCGGCGCGACUCUGGCCCCUCCAGUUCCUGCCGGCGAGACGGACUUGGAGGAGGCCGAAGUCAAUGACAAUGCCCAGGGCGAGACGACCGCAGAUGAAGCAACUAUUGCACAACCAGAGACCGCUGACACGACCUUCGCUGACCUUGUGGCCCAGCUUGGCAGAGGCCACCGCUCAAGUGAUGCCCUGCCCGAGGUCUCUGCCCAGCCGCAACCGCCGCAGAUACUGGAUCCUGCUGCAGAGCUCAAGCGACUGCUGAGCGUAGGAGCUGCUGCACUGCCUCUCCAAACACCGCCUGUGGAAGCACCCGCGCCAGUUCAGGAUCAGCAAUCCCACCCCCUCCUCGCCAUGAUUCAGCGCAGCAAACCUACUGGGCUCCCCCCUCCAAGAACUCCGCUCGACCAGAUCAUGUCCCCCCCGCCAGUACCCCACAGUCCGCACGGCCAACACCAUCCCCGCCCCACCCCCCCUCACCCCGACCAUAUGCCUCCUCCGCCAGCAUUCCAAUUCCCACUCCAGCAGAAUCUGCCCUACCGAGGACCCCAACCUCCCCAUGUGCCUCCCCAUAUGCCCCCCCAACAUCCCAAUGCCCCGCCUAUGCAGAUACCGCGACAGUUUAUGCCUCCCCCGCCUCGCCACCCAAACCCCGUCUUUCAGGCCCACGCGCCGAAUAUCCAGCAAGCGUUUAGCCAGCAGGCACCGCGGCCGUACCAACGAACUGGAGAUCCUCAAUUUGCCCAAUCCCCGCAGUUUCCUGGUUUGCAUGGCCCUGCUAUCCCGCCUGCCUCAAAGUUGCCUCCACCAAAGCUCACCGCCCAUGCGUUGGGAUUGCUGAAUGCAUUCAAAAGCCACGAGAAACCCACGCCGCCAACACCCCAACAUCCCUCUCAUCCUGCGCCAAGCUCUCAGGCCACGCCGAGAAUGCAACAGCUGCCCGCUCUGCACCCUACCGUUGAUCCGUUCUCGUCACCGCGAGCCCCGCCGAGUGCGAAUCUGUAUGCACCAAGCCCACCACCCUUCAGGUCUCCGCCGCCUAGCGCCAACUUUCAGCCUGCUCAACCGAAACCCAGGAGUGCUCACCAGGACAACUUGCUCAAUCUCUUCCGCUCGCCUUCCGUAUCUGCCGCUACCCCUCCUCCACCGAAGAUUGAGGCUCAGCCCGUGGAACUGUCAGCCCACCCAACUCCCGGUGUUAUACGAUUACAACCAGCAUCACAUGACGCCGCACCACCACGACCUGACCUGACCAUCAAGCCUAACCUACUUGAGGCAUUUGGGCAGCGGCCACGGAAGCCAAGCUUGACCUCUGCGACGAUCAGCGGACCGCUCAACGCCCCCGACUUUGAAACUGUCAAGAAGAGUUCGCUUCUCCAUGAUAUCAAUGGCCAUGGCCAUCAUGGUCACGGCCAUGAACGAGGGAUCUCGCCUGGCGGGCGAAAGAGUGUGGAGCAGAAGACGUUCAUUCCAAUGCAGAUUUUGAAGCGAGAGCACCCAAUACCAAGCAACAAGCCCAGUCCUACUGAAGUUGCCGAAGACCGUGCCCGGAUUAGUCCGAGGACUAUAUCCAAUGAGACCACUCCACAAACAACCGCCUUCAAGCCGCAGAUCCUCCGUCGACCUCAGCAGAACGCGUCUCCAGUUCCAGCAUCAGCACUGGGUCCUGCUCCCCUCCUACAUGCUGGAAUCGGCGUAGGCGGUAGCUAUGUAGCUCCGCCAAUUGCUCCAGCAGCCCUGACACGCUUUCCGGCCGCACCUGGAGCGCAUGGCGCCUUCGACCGAAGAGAGACAUUGCCUUCAGAACAAAAGAGCGCAUUACUCUCUCUCUUCGGAAAACCAUCGCAAGUCAAAUCGCCCUCCCCCUCCCCCCUUCCAGUUGUUGGUCCAGCCCACGAACCCCCUCCUGCAUCUACUAGCCUACCAACCCUACCAUCCAAAUCUCCCUUUCCCAGAAGUCCCCAACCGCCAACGCCAAAGACAAUGAUGUCCGGCGUAAUCUCCCCGGUAAGCCCGCUCCCCGAAAAAGGAAGCCAGCAAAACAGCCCCGCGAACCUUGCCUCCCGAUCCCGGAUAUCGUCGAUUGGCGAGACAAUGCCCCCCACCAUCGUCAUCCCGCAGAAUGGCCCUGGUCCGACGAGUCACCCAAGUACCUCAGUAAGCCAGAAAAAUGGGUUUGGUAGUGCCGGCGUGGGUGUCUGUGUGGAAAGGGAGGAAGGGUAUAUUAGCGCUGAGUCUGUUGGAGCGGGUCUCGUAGACAAAGGGAAAGGGAAGAAGGAUGAGGGCAAGAGCCCAGUGGAUAAGACGUUUUUGCUGGGAUUUUUGGAGGAUGUGGCUAGGAGAGGACGGUAA